AAAUGAUCCUCAACCGGAAUUCUUUCAACCGCCUACAAAUCAAUCUUGUUUCUAGUUACCAAAGCUAUGUCGUAAAAAUUCGUGAAAACAAAACAUCUCUUUUUUGGUCUUAAUUCAAAAUUUGGCAUAAGGUUAGCACUGUGGUCAGGGUUAAGGUUAAGUUUAAAAUCAGAUUGUAAAACAAUACAUUGUCGAAAUGGGCGGUGGUUAAGCCUAAAUGGAAGAUGACAAUAUAUUUUCGACCUAGGGUUUACAAUAAUUAUGAAUUUGUGGCUGUGGUAAAUAGUGACGACACCAACAUAACGAGGCCCCAUCGGGAAGCAACAAACCGGCUUGAGUAGAGCUCGAGCUCAACAACGUCAGGGCUGACGACAAAUUAAAUAGGUCCUAAAUAGACACCGCGGGAAAAAUGGCCGACGACCCCAACGCAGCAGACAGGAACGUGGAGAUAUGGAAGAUAAAGAAGUUGAUCAAAAGUCUGGAAGCUGCUCGGGGGAAUGGUACGAGUAUGAUCUCCUUGAUUAUCCCUCCAAAGGAUCAGAUCUCCAGAGUGGCCAAGAUGUUGGCUGAUGAGUUUGGCACUGCAUCCAAUAUUAAAAGCAGAGUCAACAGGCUCUCUGUGCUCGGAGCCAUCACCUCUGUACAGCAGAGACUCAAACUCUACAAUAAAGUGCCUCCCAACGGCUUGGUUGUAUACUGUGGCACCAUUGUGACGGACGAGGGCAAAGAGAAAAAAGUCAAUAUUGACUUUGAGCCUUUUAAACCCAUCAACACUUCUCUGUAUCUCUGUGACAACAAGUUCCACACAGAGGCUCUUACAGCCUUGCUGUCAGAUGACAGCAAGUUUGGUUUUAUUGUGAUUGAUGGAAGUGGCGCCCUCUUCGGAACCCUGCAGGGAAACACCAGGGAAGUGCUGCACAAGUUCACUGUGGACCUACCCAAGAAGCACGGCAGAGGAGGGCAGUCUGCCUUGCGUUUUGCUCGUUUGAGGAUGGAGAAGAGACACAACUAUGUCCGAAAGGUGGCGGAGACGGCAGUCACGCUUUUUGUUUCCAACGACAAGGUCAACGUAGCAGGCAUGGUCUUGGCUGGUUCAGCUGACUUCAAGACUGAGCUCAGCCAGUCCGAUAUGUUUGACCCGAGGCUACAAGCAAAGAUCCUGAAGCUGGUUGACAUAUCAUAUGGUGGGGAGAAUGGGUUCAACCAGGCCAUUGAGCUGUCUGCAGAAGUGCUUUCCAAUGUUAAAUUCAUUCAGGAGAAGAAACUUAUAGGACGAUACUUUGAUGAGAUCAGCCAGGAUACAGGGAAAUACUGCUUUGGGGUGGAAGACACACUGAAAGCCCUGGAAAUGGGUGCUGUUGAGAUUCUGAUUGUCUACGAGAACCUGGAUACCAUGAGAUACAUCCUGAGAUGCCACGGAGCAGAGGGACUUGCAAUGGUGGAGAAGGGUACAGAUGAGAAAACGUUGUAUUUGACACCAGAGCAGGAGAAAGACAAGUCUCACUUCACAGACAAAGAGACUGGGCAGGAGCAUGAGCUGAUCGAGAGCAUGCCGUUACUUGAAUGGUUCGCCAACAGCUAUAAGAAGUUUGGAGCCUGUCUGGAGAUUGUCACUGACAAGAGCCAAGAAGGAUCCCAGUUUGUCAAGGGCUUUGGUGGAAUUGGUGGGAUCUUGCGGUACAGGGUGGAUUUCCAGGCCAUAGAGUACCAAGGAGAAGACGAUGAGUUAUUUGAUUUGGAUGACUACUAGGUAGUUGAGACUGACAAGAAAUGAAUCAAUUGAAAGGCUUUCCCUGAUUUGACCGAGAUACUGGUGGAAGGAAAGCAAGUAGUCAGGAGGGAGACCCAGACCUUCAAAUAAAAGACAUGGAUGUGAUGCCGUAUAUCAACGUUUCCCUGACUUGAAGCAGUGACUCAUCACCUGGCUGGAUGGAGCUAGCCUUGGUUUGUUCCUCUCCACUCUACAUUAAUGACUGAUUCAAAGUGACUGAUUCAAAGUGACUGACAGCAAGGCCACACUUCUCCUGCCUGCUUGGCCUUCUCUAGGCCACACUGAUAGGUUAUACAAAUCUAUUUUUGUCAUCACUCCCCACUUUCUUCUUCCAACUCAAUUUUCCUUUAUUUUUUAACAUUUUUACUGGUACCAGCUGCUGUUGUGUUUUGAGAUUUUGAUUCUGAUUAUUUUGUUUUCCUUUUUAAAAUCAAAUUUAUGUAGAGGGCAAGGAAAUAAUGAUUAAAUUGGAGCUGCUUUACUAUCCCAUACCCAGUCCCUGCCUCCCGUCUCAUCCGAUCUUUAUUUCAGCACCUGCUUUAUUUUGUCCCAGCUCCCCCCUGGUAAUUUAUUCACUGUCACAGGUGCUGUACUCUGAGCCCGUACUGUUUUCUUGUAUGUUUUUUCAUUUAGAGGACCCUUGCCCUUUAUGACUCAUACAGAGUUCCCAGAGCUGAGAUUUAGGUUUGUACGUCUGCUUUUAUGUUGCCUUGUACACACACCACUCUAUUAAGCAUAAUGAACCAUGCCCUCAGUGCUGUGACCAUUCAUACCCCCCCCCCCCCUCUGUUCCACAGAGACAUGUGUCCAAUGUUUACUGAUUGAUUGGUCAGUUAGGCACUGUGCAAUUCAGACAAUGAGAGCCAGUGUGCUUGUUGCCAGGCAGUUUUGUAUGUCUUGUCUUCCAGGCAUGUUACUGGGUCGUGUUCAAUACUGAACGACCAGUUGAAGAGUGUGAUUAUGAUGGCCCAGGGGGCAGUUACCAUACGGUGUACAGUACGAGUUCUGUGAUUUUUAGAUGGUCACAGCCAUGUUGAUCAGGCCACCACCAAAGCUGUUGAAGAACGGUGUGUAGUGUUUUUGGGGAAACGUGUCAUUCAAUACAAACCGUUGCGCGAUGUUGCAAACGUUGACGUGUCCUGAAUGCACCCCUGGUAUGAGCACUCUAUAGGCAAGAAGAUUGUCCACCAGGGAUGGGGGGGGGGGCGGAUUGGUGUCACACUUUUUCCCCAUCCAUAGCAAACAGCUGAUUUUAAACUAAUUGCAUUCUAAACUGUAGAGCUUGAUUAUUGGCAUCACAUGCUUUAACAACAGGUGUAGACUAACAGUGAAAUGCUUACUUACUGGUCUUCCCAACAAUGCAGAUUUUUUUUUAAAGACAAAUAAUAGAAUAACAUGGAAUAAAUACAAUGAUUAAUGAUAACUUGGCUAUAUACACACAGUAGUACUGAGUCUGCAGGGGUAUGAGAUAAUU